AAUUGAGGCAAUGAGAGACUCUAAAUAAAUAUUUACUUCCAUGUAAAAUCAUUUGUGGUGUGUACACAUGUGUGAGACGAGUUCGUUCAGCCUCCAGUACCUAGCUACGUUUUGAAAUGAAACCAAUAAAGGACUGAAGCUAACAAUCUAAUUUUUCCCCCCCGCUCUCUGUUUACCUGUGAUCUUCAGCCACCAAUAAUCUGCUGCUCCUGGCUUCCAAAUGUUUCUAACAUUUCAGUGAUAACUCUAAAACUGAGCCACCUAAACCUUCGUCUUGCUUUGUGUGCUGCUGCUGCUUCCACUUUUGCCUUGAAAAAGCUAAGAAACUUGGAACCCCCAAAGGACAGGAGACAGAUAAUAGACUUUAAAAGGAAAAGAAAGCUAUCCAUUAUGAAUCUUAAGCUAAGUCUACGCAUCAUUCUCUUGCUCCCUGUGUACCUUUUGAUUAAUGUGUACAGUGUCCUUGUAUUCAUACCAUGGUAUUUUCUUACUAAUGCGAAGAAGAAAAAAACGAUGGCAAAACGCUUAAAAGCUAAGCCCGUCUUGGACAAACCCGGAAGCCCGUACCGAUCCAUUUCACAUCUUGAGUCAUUAGCCACGAUAGACUUCCCAGGAGCAGACACUCUGGAUAAAUUGUUUGACCAUGCGGUAGCAAAGUUUGGGAAAAAGGAUUGUCUUGGAACAAGAGAGAUCCUAAGUGAAGAGAAUGAGAUGCAGCCCCAUGGAAAAGUAUUUAAAAAGCUUAUCCUAGGAAACUAUCGAUGGCUGAACUAUGAAGAAACUAAUCAGAAAUUGAACCACUUUGGGAGUGGACUAGUUGCACUUGGGCUAAAGCCGAAGACCACGGUUGCUAUAUUUUGUGAAACUCGAGCCGAAUGGAUGGUUGCAGCACAAACCUGUUUCCGAUACAACUUCCCUCUUGUUACGUUAUAUGCAACCCUUGGAGAAGAAGCAGUAACCUAUGGACUGAAUGAAUCUGCAGCAUCCUAUCUAAUCACUAGCACAGACCUUUUGGAAAGCAAACUUAAGAAUGUACUGUCAGAAAUUCCCUGCCUCCGACAUAUCAUUUACGUGGAUAAGAAAACUAUCAAUAAGUCAGACUAUCCUAAAGGACUGGAGAUCCAUAGCAUGCAAGCUGUAGAAGAACUGGGAGCCAAACCAGAAAACUCAAACACUCCUCCGUCUCGACCCACUCCCACAGACAUGGCCUUAGUAAUGUAUACUAGUGGCUCCACUGGAAGGCCUAAAGGAGUUAUGAUGAUGCAUAAAAACUUGAUAGCUGGAAUGACAGGACAGUGCGAGCGGAUACCUGGAUUGGGACCCAAGGACACAUACAUUGGCUACUUGCCCCUGGCUCAUGUCUUGGAACUGACAGCAGAGAUUUCCUGUAUUACAUAUGGCUGCAGGAUUGGCUACUCUUCUCCACUCACGUUAUCUGACCAGUCAAGUAAAAUUAAAAAGGGAAGCAAAGGAGACUGUUCUGUUCUGAAACCCACACUGAUGGCAGCUGUGCCUGAAAUCAUGGAUCGAAUUUAUAAGAAUGUUAUGAGUAAAGUUCAAGAGAUGAACUACAUCCAGAAAACAUUGUUCAAAAUAGGUUAUGACUAUAAAUUGGAACAAAUCAAAAUGGGAUAUGAUGCACCCCUGUGUAACUUGCUGUUGUUUAAGAAAGUGAAAGCACUGCUAGGAGGGAACAUACGUAUGAUGCUUUCCGGAGGAGCGCCCCUUUCCUCCCAGACACAAAGAUUCAUGAAUAUCUGUUUCUGCUGUCCUGUUGGCCAAGGUUAUGGGCUAACAGAAACCUGUGGAGCCGGGACAAUUACAGAAGUCUCCGACUACAGUACUGGCAGAGUUGGAGCUCCUCUGAUCUGCUGUGAGAUUAAACUGAGAGACUGGCAAGAAGGAGGCUACACGACUAGAGACCAGCCAAACCCUCGGGGAGAGAUUAUAAUUGGUGGACCUAAUGUGUCUUUGGGAUACUUCAGGAAUGAAGAGAAGACGGCAGAAGAUUUCAUUGUUGAUGAAACUGGUCAGCGAUGGUUUUGUACUGGAGACAUUGGAGAGUUUCAUACUGAUGGCUGUCUACAAAUCAUAGAUCGUAAAAAAGAUUUGGUGAAGUUGCAGGCAGGAGAAUACGUGUCGCUUGGCAAAGUGGAGUCAGCCCUGAAAAACUGUCCUCUUAUCGACAACAUCUGUGCUUAUGCCAACAGCGACCAGUCUUAUGUCAUCAGUUUUGUGGUUCCCAAUCAGAAGAAACUCACCACCCUUGCUGAACAGAAGGGCGUGGCUGGCAUCUGGGUGGACAUCUGUAACAAUCCUAUCAUGGAAUCUGAAGUCCUGAAAGAGAUUAAGACAAUGGCUAACAAAAUGAAACUGGAGAGAUUUGAAGUACCAGUCAAAGUGCGUUUAAGCCCAGAGCCCUGGACUCCAGAGACUGGCCUAGUCACAGAUGCUUUCAAAUUGAAAAGGAAAGAGCUGAAGAACCAUUACCUCACUGACAUUGAGCGAAUGUAUGGAGGCAAAUAACCUCCAAACCACCUUGAGUCAGAAGCUGUUCCGGGUUCUUUCUAAGACUGAGUGAUGAAUUCCCCAAAGGUUGGCUGUAAAGAGGAACAGAGAGGUGGUGUUUUAUGAAACUGGUGAACACUCCACUUGAAAGAAGGAGCAGCUGUGCUGACUUCCUCUGUUACACUUCCAAGAUGCUGUCAAAGUGACUGACCACUGCCAUUGUUUCAUUGAUCACUCCCAGCUCUGAACGGCUGUGUUCAUAUGAAACUCCUUCCCUUGAUAAACCAUUGUUUCUACCUUGAUAUUCUUGCUCCUCUUAAGGAUUUAGAUGAUCUUUGAGGCUAAAAUGGAGGAAAAAACGAGUCCGAUUUUGACGCAUGCACUGUAUAUGGAAUGAGUAGAUGAAAGCAAGCUUGUACCUUCCAAAAUGCUGCUCAGAAAUCUGCAAUCUCAGGUCCUUUGCUAGAUAAAAGUAGCAUCUUUUAACUUUACUGUCAUUAGCAGUGCUAAGAGACAAAGGCAGGAAACUCCUCUCUUGAAAUGGUUCUUCCACAUAGCCAAAACUUGACAGUUCCAAGUGUAGUCCAAUGCACACAACUCUUAUGGAAUCAGUUUCACACCCUGUAGAGUCAUCGAAGUUUAGCGAUCAGUGAAAUCUUAAUGCCCGUGUUUAGAACAACAGUGCUGCCCCCAAGUUCUGUAUUCCGUUGCUCAUUAACUGGAUACUCGUCAGCCAUAGUUCGGGGUUGCUAGUGGACAUUUUGGCUGUGUGGAAAUACUUGGGGAAAGAGAGACAACUGUGGUACUUUUUUAAAAAGAGUAUUAAGGAUCCAGUCCCAAUUUUCUCCUUUUUACUCUACGCUGAAGAACUGUAAAUGCAGCUUUAAAAACCAGUAUUUCUCUCCAGUAUCUUCUGCCUUUCACUGAGCACAGGUCGCAUCAUUCUCAUGAUUUAAUUGUUCACAAGUAGCUGGGUUUAAUGUGGGAGGGGCAAGAAGAUUUUUAAAAAUGAGAUCUUCUGCAUGCCAAUACUGAGAGCAUUUCCACUGCCUAAGAGGAUAGCUAGAAGAACUGAAAGGUUUGUAAUCAGCAUUCAGAUGCAUCCCAUCUGGUCCUUAAGACUUGCACCCUGACACUGCCACAAUGAGUUGUUCCCUAUUCUGUCCCCAAAAGGUUUAAAAUCCUCUUUCAAACGGUGACAAGUUAGUGACCUUUGCCAUCUCUAACACUACUCUGGCUUGUAAUGGUAAUGCUGAGAACAAAACGUUUUCAGGUAAUUUAUUUACACUAUCUGACUUACUUUGAAAUUGGUGAGUCUAGACAUGGGAUGGCUAAAGUCGUUUGUAAACCGUCUCUGUCUUCACAGCCUUGUACUUCCCAAGUGUGACAUUUUGGGAUCUCUGUGCCAUUUCCUCCAAGCACAUCCAAACCAGGAAUUAAAUCCUUUUCGUUACACGUUUUGUGAUUCAUUUUGCAAGGGCAUUUCUAUUUAUCUUGUAAUACAUCCCACAAAACGACGUCACUGAGAAUUCCUUAUUUGUGAGUGAUGAAUUUGGUCUUUGCAAGGUUUUGUUUAAUGAGCUUGUCUGAAGGGGAAAUUAUUGUAUUUAUAUCUUUUGUCUUUUUCUGUUUGUGAAAAUAUUGAUUAAAAAACUGGAAUUUCUUGGUGUGCUGAGGAGAGACAGUAACGGCAGUGACUCUCCCGUGGUUUGUGUUUUUGUGUGCUGCAGUCAACAGAGUGUCUUUUAUUUUAGUUCAUGCUCUGGGCUUGAGUAUCUCUAAUAGCAGUUCUCACUUGAACCAGAAAUACUGUAAGAUGUGGCAAUUCUUGAUGCUGUUCUACUUUGCACUUUUUCUUAAUCCUUUUAUAUGUGUUGCUUCCAUUUUUGUACAGACGUGGCCCUCAAUUGCAAUGUAUUAUACUUUGACUUGGCUCUGAAGUAUUUAUAAAAUAGAUUUCUUUUAUUCAUAAUA